CCUUCAGUGAAGCCUGCAGUCUAGAGAGUAGGGAGUGGGAGCUGCCUGUCACUUCCAAGCCCAAGACACUGCAGUCCUUGCCCGGGCGAAGAGCACAGACCUGAUCCUUCCAGGGGAGCCAAGGCUGGUGGAGUGGUAUUAAGAUGACUGCAGUCAUCUGCUGUUAGUCAAAUCCUGAAGGUGACUCACAAUUUUAAGAGCCAGCUCAAGAAGUUUCCAUAACAACCAACAAGCCUUUCCAAGACCAUUCAAGGCGGUUCUUUCAGUCCAGCAAUGGCAGCGAUUCGAAAAAAGCUGGUAAUUGUUGGAGAUGGUGCAUGCGGGAAAACCUGCCUCUUAAUCGUGUUCAGCAAGGAUCAGUUUCCUGAGGUGUAUGUGCCAACCGUCUUUGAGAACUACAUUGCUGAUAUCGAAGUAGAUGGGAAACAGGUGGAACUGGCUCUGUGGGACACAGCAGGACAGGAGGAUUACGACAGACUGCGCCCACUCUCGUACCCCGAUACCGAUGUUAUUCUGAUGUGUUUCUCAAUUGACAGCCCAGACAGUUUAGAGAAUAUUCCAGAGAAGUGGACUCCUGAAGUGAAGCAUUUCUGCCCUAAUGUUCCCAUCAUUCUAGUUGGCAACAAAAAAGAUCUUAGAAAUGAUGAACAUACCCGUAGAGAGCUAACAAAGAUGAAACAAGAGCCCGUCAAGCCUGAAGAUGGAAGAGAAAUGGCCAACAGAAUAAAUGCCUUUGGUUAUCUUGAAUGUUCUGCUAAGACCAAGGAUGGAGUGCGGGAAGUAUUUGAAAUGGCAACACGGGCAGCACUGCAAGUCCGAAAACACAGGAAGAAGCAGCGUUGCUCCAUCCUAUAAAUAAAGUCUUAGAACCUUUUUGGAAAGGAGUAUAGAAGAACAAAGUGCGUAGCUUCUUUUGCUGCUGCACCACCUGCUAAAUAAUGCCAGAGACUUCAGUAGCAAAGAGCUAUAUGCGCCGUUUGUACUGUAAAUGUAUGUAUCCAUGGUUUUUGUUUAUUUGUUUCUCCACCUAAACGUCUAUCUAGAGUUAGGCAGAAGUGGGAUUGUGGAAAUGUCUUCUGGAUGCAUUAAAUGCACAUGCAGUGCCUCCUUCUCUAUCUGUAAUCUAUAGCCCUGUUUUGUAAGUAAAAGCACAUGUGGGAUUCUGAGAGUAUGUUGUUUUUUUUUCUCUGUGCCAUAUUUCGUUUUGGGACCUUUUAUGACCUGUUCUACUCUUUCUGGAUAUCCCCUUCCAAAAUGGCUUACUAGACCCAGCAGCAAAAGAGAAGAAUUGGAGUAAGGAAGACCAUAUGAAACUGAUAGGUCAGCUGUACUUGCAUAGCACAAUACGAUCAAUAAGCAAGUUGCACUAUCCUGUUAACCAGGUCAUGAUUUCUGUACACAAUUUUCUUUUAGCUGAUUCGUAUGAUUGUCCCUAAUUAACUAUUCUUGUGACUCCAAAUUCAUUCUUCAAAAAUCCAUGCAGUUCUCCAGAUCUACAAUAGUAAGACUGCUCAUUUUGCGUGCACUUUGUUAGAAUGUGGCCGUCUUUUCAUUGCCCACAGAAUGUUCUUGAAAACCCUACUGACCAUGUUAGUUUUGUAUAUUGAUAGUAAUCUUCUUGUGCUAAUAAUAGUUCAGACAAGAGGCCGUUGUUAGGUUCUAACAUGCCCACAUGCCAAUCUCGUGACACAUGUAGUGGUAAAAGACAAACGGGGCCUCACAGACCAGAAAUGGGACAGGAAAUUGAACUUGGACAUGAAGCUUGUUGAUCUGUUCCCCUUUUUUUUUCCAUGGCAGUUGUGUUGUCCAUGUCUGCAUUGUCCUUUUCCUAUUCUUCUGCUAUUGCCCAUUUCAUUACAACAUGUGCCAAAUCAUACAGUCUCUGAGGACAGGAUUGGACUGGCCCACAGGGGAGCAGGUGAAUCCCAGGGUGGGCCCCUAGUAUACCAACUCCUGCCCAAGUUGCAUAUGGCACAGUAAACUGACUGCACCACAUACAGAUAGGCAGCAUACCACAUCUCAACCAGCCUAAGCUUUCAUAUUAAAAACUAGAUCAUUUUAACCUCUUAACACAUAAUCGCGUACCUUUUAUGUAAUUUGCAUUUAGGGGAAGCAUGGAGCAGGCUUAUGCUCUGAACUCCUGGACCCCCAUAAUUAUCUUCUGCUGUGUGAGCAUGUGAUCCUGGCUCACAUAGAUGAGAGAGCCCUAGUCCAAGGCAGGGCCUAGUCAGCAGGAUUAUAACAUACUAACAGGGUAUCCAGGACACAUAGGUCUGAAGCACCGCCUAAGCAUCAGUCUACUAGUGAAAAGUUUGGUACAGUUUUAGGGAUAUUUGAAAGGAGGCAGGUCAUGUAAUAUUCACAUAUAACCCUACAUUGAGCCUCCAUAAUGAAUUAUACUGGUUGGCCCUAGGCACCCACGUGACACUGUCUCUUGACCCUCUCUUUUUCAUGCUGAAGCACUUACUCUAUAUGCUCCUACUAAAGCAAAAGAAUGACAACUGCUUUGGCUCUUGAAUAUGUUAGUGGGAACUUGGCACAAGGGUAUUGUUUUUAUAUGUAUGUAAUAAAAAGUAUAUAUAUGUAUAUGACUAAUACUGGGGAUUGGUGGGGUUGAAGGGAUGGGCCCCAUAGUCCUUGUAAUAAGGCACAACUGAAACCAUGUACUGUGUAUUUAUGGUUGAGCCACCAGUGGUUUAUUCUCGAAUAUUGGAGGGGAUAAAAAUUUUACAUUGUGUAUUAAAUUAUAUUCUACUUCCUACUCCCUUAAAAAAAAAGCCCCCCAAACUAUUGCUAAAUGAUGCACACAUUAUACACCAGCAUUUUUGAUAGAUGGCAUUACCAGUUUGCAGAACCCACCUGUCUGUGUGCUUUGUCUACUGUAUUUUUCUUUUGCUUUUUACAGCAAAAAUUCAGACUAGCUUUAUCUUAAGACCUUCUGCUUGUGUUCCUCAUUUCUGCCUUUUAAAAUUCCUUUAUAAAAAUAAAGCUUAUAAUUACGUAAUAACUUUCCUUGUUUUGUUUGAUUUUUUUUUGUUGUAUUCUGUUAUGUGCCUGGCUGCCUAUAAAAGUUGGAAUUUGAUACAUGUGACUUUUUCGAAUGUAAAAAUGGAAAUAAAUGCAAUCUGAUAUUGUAA